CAGACACUUCCAUUGUAUUGAGAAAGGGUGGUGAUCUCUUGCCUUUGUAGAAGUCUUCCGCUCCUAGAUAUUGUUUCCUCUUCUGCAUGGUUAGAAGCAAUUUCGUUUCGCAUGACGUGGACGGGGGCCUGAACGCUUAGUUAUCGUGAAGGCCAUGGUGGAGUCCCCACGGAUUACCACGGUGAAGCAUGUUGCGUUGGCGACUGUUGCUGACGCACUGCUGCCCAUCUCGUCGGCAGCCAGUUUCCCGCGGGGCAUUACUGAUCCGUGCUAUAGGCAGACAAAGGACUCCACGCUCUCUCGUGUCGCACUCAGGAGUGGCGCAAAGUAUGCCGUGUGGGGAUAAACUCAAACUCGUCAGGCUUUGGAUGCCAAUCCCUCUCAGCGUUCGUCAUAGCAGGGAAGACUCCGAUUCAUCCUCUGCGCACCGGCCAGUCAGUCGCCUCGGCUUUCCUUCCUGUGUAUCGGUGCGAGCAGGACUCUUACCUUUCGUUGCGGAAGAGGCCUACGGAGAUGCCGACUUGGCAGUGAUGCUCGAAGAUCCGAGAGUACCAUUGGGAAAGGCACUGAAUCGGAAGAUUCCACGCAUUAGAAGAGAUGUGUUGUCCGACGAUGCUCCGGUCGUUGGUCAGUACGGAUUUGUAGGAUCAGGGGGGAAGGCAUCCGCGAAGUUUUUCCUGGAAUCCACUCCUGGUGCAAUCCUACGAUUGGGCCCUGUAGACAUGCAUGUAAUGUAUAGAACCGCAUCAGGCAAUCCAUUAGCAACCCAGCCAGCGAAUAGGAGGACCGCACGUAACCUCUUGCCAAGGGAUUCCCGACGGGACAAAGACGAUCUAGGCUCUCGGUGGCUGAUGCCUCUCGUCUCACAACAUUUCUCUAAGGAGGCACAUCUUAUAUUCAUACGGAAAUUGGCUUGAAGUGAUCUUCUCUUAUCUUUUCUUAUCUGCACUAUAAUCCUGUUGAUUCCGUCUCAUGUUCUCUUCGUCUCUGUCACUAUGAUCGGUCCAACAGUCUCGAAGAAAGCAGUGGGAGUUGCCUCCAGCAAAGACGCCUGGGCUCCAGACAACUGUAAUCUUUCAGUUUCAAUCGCCGUAUGUAGUUCAUUCUGUGCAACUCCUAUUGUUCGGCGGCCAUACGACUCAUGACUACCAAUCGAUGGUCAAACCUGCGUCUCCCAGUCCGCGAGGGAGAAGGCCAUGGCUGCAUGAGGAUCAAGU